AUGUUUCGUUUAAAAUUAUUUCGCUGUACCGGGGACGCACUGAGCACUUUGAUCGGCGGAGCGGCGACGGGGGGCUGCAGGAGGACUGCAGGACCUGGCCUGGAGUUGGAUCGUGCUCCCGCUGUCGCCGCCUGCUGGAUCUGGAUGCGGUUGGUCAGUCAAUAUCAAUUCAGGACCACGAAACAGGCCUACUAUCCAGAUCGCCAACGGGAGGCGAAGCGACCGGCAGCGGGAUCAACGCCCCAACAGGUGACCUCUCCGGCCGUUAAGUCCUCGCAAGGUCGCGGCAUGCCCAAGGACUACUAUUACAAAGUGCUGGGCGUCAACAGGCACGCCUCUAUUCAGCAGAUCCGAUCAGCCUUCUAUGCGCUGGCCAAGCGCUAUCACCCAGACUCUUCACACUCGGAGCAAAAGCUGAAGCACUUUCAGGAGCUAUCCAAUGCUUACAACAUUCUCACUGACGAGACGAAGCGCUUGGAGUAUGACCAGCUGGGCGGAAUCAAAGACGAACGCGCCUUUCUCGAGCAGGCGGGCAAUCCCAUGAAUGUGGACCUCGAGGAGGCCAAGAAGUUCGACUCGGAUAAGACGGCUAAUGAUGAGAUCAACAAACUGAAGAACAACGAGUUUGAUCUGCCACUUGACUUCAUGGAGGCGACUGUGGGCUGCAAGAAGCGGAUGGAUCUGCGCUACCUGCGAAAGUGCGAGACCUGCAAGGGCAAGUCGCAGCUGAUGGCGCACCGGGAUGUGGGCAAGGAGCCGUGUCGGCGUUGCAAUGGAACCGGAAAGGUGACCACCAAAACGGCCACUUUCUCGUCGGUGAACACGUGCACGCAGUGCAAGGGCAAGCGGUUCACGAAUCGCAACGACUGCGAAACCUGUGCGAAUCGGGGAUUCGUGGUGUCCAGCGUGGAUGUGAUGGUGACUGUGCCAGCCGGAUCGCGGGACGGGGAUGUGGUUAGCCUCGUGAAUCCGGCAACCAAGCAACAGGUUACAUACCGCCUGACGGUGCCCGAAAGCGACUACUUCCGGCGCGUGGGCAACGACAUCCUGACGGACAAGCACCUCAACAUUUCGGAGGCCAUCCUGGGUGGCACAUUCCAUGUGCGCGGCCUGUACGAGAGCGUGGAGCUGCGGGUGGAGCCGGGCACCCAGUCGCAUACUCAGGUGCUGCUUAAGGGAAAGGGCGUGCGCUCCAAGGAGGGCGUGGGCAACCACAUCGUCACGCUCAAGGUGCGCAUUCCCCGGAAUCUCUCCGUGAAGCAGCGACAACUCGUUCUGGCCCUGUCCCAGGCAGAGGAUCCUGUUUUCGAGCCCAAGGCCAAAGGCAAGGAGGCGGGCUCUUGAGCUCUUAAAAUUCUCAAUGCACAGGUUGAUUCCGUUUAUAAUAUAUUGACCCAGACAUGAAUAUUGA